AUGGAUCAAAAUGCAAAUACUCUGAAAUGGUUGCUUCUGUUAUCGAUUGCUUUAUUUCAUUUCUCGUUAACACCUUACAUCGAAGCGACGUCGUCGUCUAUAUCUUCUACGCACAAGAGUUUCAAGAAUGCAUACGCGACGAUGAUGUAUGUAGGAACACCAAGGGAUUACGAAUUCUAUAUUGCAGUUCGCGUUCUUGUUAGAUCGCUUUCCAAGCUUAAUGUUCAAGCUGAUCUCGUUGUUAUUGCUUCUCUCGAUGUUCCUCUUCCAUGGAUUCGAGCUCUGGAAGAAGAAGAUGGUGCGAAAGUCGUGAGGGUGCCAAACUUGGACAAUCCCUACAAGCAUCAGGAUAAUUUUGACAAGAGAUUUAAGCUAUCACUUAAUAAACUCUAUGCUUGGAGCUUAGUGGACUAUGACAGGAUAGUUAUGCUAGAUGCUGACAACCUUUUCCUUCAAAACACUGAUGAAUUGUUUCAAUGUGGACAGUUCUGUGCUGUCUUUAUCAAUCCUUGUGUCUUCCAUACUGGUCUGUUCGUGUUGCAGCCAUCAAUGUCUGUGUUCAAAGACAUGGUUAAUGAAUUACAAAAUGGGAGAGAAAAUCCAGAUGGUGCAGACCAAGGUUUUAUAGCUAGCUACUUCCCUGAUUUGCUUGAUAAACCACUAUUCCACCCUCCUUCAAAUGGCACCAAGCUUGAGGGAACAUAUAGGCUUCCUUUAGGUUAUCAGAUGGACGCUUCUUACUACUAUCUUAAACUUCGAUGGAGCAUACCCUGUGGACCAAAUAGUGUGAUCACAUUCCCAGGGGCACCAUGGUUGAAGCCAUGGUAUUGGUGGUCCUGGCCUGUCCUGCCACUUGGCAUCCAGUGGCAUGAACAACGUCGCCAAACUAUAGGGUAUCCUUCAGAAAUGGUUGUGAUACUUAUGCAAUCUGCAAUAUAUAUAGGAAUAAUUGCAAUGACGCGUUUGGCAAGGCCAAGUCUCUCAAAGUUAUGUUUUAGGCGUUCUGAUAAGAGCAUCAACCUGGCACACAACAGUCUCAAAUUCGUAGCACUGUGGUGCAUACUUGCUGCUUAUGUAACACCCUAUUUUAUCAUUCCUCACACGAUUCACCCUCUACUUGGUUGGAUCCUGUAUUUCCUUGGUUCCUUUACAUUUUGCUCAAUUGCAAUUGAUGUCUUUCUGCUACCAAUGUUGCCAGUUUUGGUACCUUGGCUCGCGAUUCUUGGGGUUUUACUGGUUAUGGCAUUUCCUUGGUAUCCUGAUGGAAUAGUACGAGCUAUGUCUGUAUUUUUCUAUGCAUUCUGUUGUGCUCCAUUUUUGUGGACAUCUUUGGUGAGGAUUGUGGCAGGUCUUCAACUAUCUCUACGAAGGGAAGCUUUUCUGCCAAGAUUUGCAGAAUGUUAUCCACAUUCUUGGUUUAACAAGUUAUUUUGA